GCAGCUUCAGGCUGGCUGAAGCUAAUCAGCAAGCAGGAGACACAGAGAGAAAAAAGCAAGAGAUGAGGCUUUGUGCAGAGCAUGGAACCUGACAUUCAGCAGUGAAGCAUACGGUAAUGGUACAGCCGGGUGAUGUGUGUAUGUAUUUUUUUUUCUUUCCUGUCAAAAGCAGCAACACUGCUAGCAAUAGCGGCAUGCCAGGUUUAGCAAGAUCCUCAUCAAUUUGGUUUCGACAAGGAAGGAGUGCAGCUGUAGGGGAGGAAAUGGAACAGAAAUGAAGCUGUACAGGUAAAGGAUUUAGAAACUCGCAACUAUGAGUGGAAUUCUAAAGAGGAAGUUUGAAGAAGUUAAUGAAACCUCCCUUUCCUCUUCACUACGGGAAUCUGAUGAUGAGAUUUCUAGCAGUGACAGUGCGGACAGUGCCGAUAGCAUCAACCCUUCCACAUCAAAUCAUUUCACUCCAUCAUCCAUUCUAAAAAGGGAAAAACGGAUAAGGACCAAGAAUGUUCGCUUUGAUUAUGUCACGGUUUACUAUUUCACCAGAAGACAGGGAUUCACUAGCGUUCCCAGCCAGGGAGGAAGCACAUUGGGUAUGUCAAAUCAUCACAGCUCCAUACGACAAUAUACACUUGGGGAAUUUGCCCUUGAACAAGAGCGAUUACACAGGAAAUUGUUGAGAGAUCACCUAAAAGAAGAAAAGCUAAAUUUGUUAAAAUUAAAGAUGACCAAAAAUGGCACAGUGGAGUCAGACGAAGCCAGCACCCUGACCCUGGAUGACAUUUCUGAUGAUGACAUUGAUUUAGACAACACUGAAGUAGAUGAAUAUUUCUUCUUACAGCCACUGCCAACAAAGAAACGACGUGCACUUUUACGGGCAUCUGGAGUGAAAAGAAUCGAUGUGGAAGAAAAGCAUGAGUUACGUGCCAUUCGGUUGUCGAGGGAAGACUGUGGCUGUGACUGUCAAAUUUUUUGUGAUCCUGAGCUAUGUUCCUGUAGCUUGGCUGGAAUUAAAUGUCAAGUUGACCGCAUGUCUUUUCCAUGUGGUUGCACAAAAGAAGGCUGCAGCAAUACUGCAGGUAGAAUUGAAUUCAACCCCAUUCGAGUACGGACUCAUUUUUUGCACACAAUAAUGAAGAUGGAAUUGGAAAAGAACAAAGAUCAACACAACAUAUUUGCCCUGAAUGGUUGUCAAAGUGAAGCAACUCUUCAAGGAAACACAACAACCUGUUCCCAGCCCCCAUUAGAAUAUUCCAUAGCAGAGACAUUUGGGACAGAAACAGAACAACAAACUGCUGUUUUGCACUUACAGUCAGCUGAGGAAAUGGACCAACAGGGAGAAGAGGACGAAGAGGAGGAAGAAGAUGCAAGUAGUUUCUGUAGUGGUGUUACAGAUUCAAGCACACAGAGUCUACCUGCAAGUGAAUCUGAUGAAGAUGAGGAGGAGGAAGAAGAAGAAGAAGAAGAUGAAAAAGGUGAGGGGUAUAGGGAAGAAAUACCAUCUUCUAUAGUUUCUCACACAGAGGUAGUGCCAAUUACAUCAGUUCUAUGCUAUUCUGAUGGAUCAACAAUGCAUGAGAACCAUAGUGAUAAUGCAUCCUACUAUGGGAGCUCUCCUGCUGUCUAUUAUCAGAUAGACAGUCAUUCGUCCUCCACUGCAGACCAGCCAUCGGAAGCAUACCGGGAGAUAGCAACAAAGAAGAAUGGGUCUCUUUCUCUUCUGCCUUAUAGCAUUGCAUCGGAACCGUACACUGACUAUGCACAAGUUGAACAUAGAUAUGGCAACCAUCAGUAUUCAGUAACAAAUCCAUCAGUUAUAGUCUGCUGUUCAUCAGAGCAUGACAGUACUGCUCAAUGUAAUGGAGUGUACCAUGAGCAGAAUGGAGUGUACCAUGAGCAGAAUGGAGUGUACCAUGAGCAGAGGCACAGUCACCCUCACAUGGAACUUCAGACCUAUUUGAACAAUGCUUCUGAAGAUGGAUAUGGUUUACCUCCAAAUAGUAAUUGUGACUCCUUUGAUCAUUGCACUGACAAUUCCAAAGGCCUUUCAGAUGGCAUUAAGUCACAUGACAGCAUUAAAUCCUCGGUGGUUGAAACAGUUUCUGUUUAGAAUAUUUAGUGUUUUCUCAAAUGGGUUGUAUGCUUAUCUCUAUAGACCUCCAAAAAUACAGCUGUUAUUCUAUGAUCAGGAGUAAUUUAAAGCACCAAGAAAACAAACCUUGCCUUGGUUAAUGCUUUAGUUAAGUGUUUUAAACCAUAUUUGUUACAUUGUGCAAAAAUAUUAAUUUAAGAAGUACACAACAUUCAAUUUUGAGUCUUGUGUUUUGGUAGAUUAUGUUAAAAAUGUACUGAUCCUUCAAAGCAGCCUACCUGCCAUACAUAUUCUCUAACUGGAAAAUGAAAUGUCAGCUAGAUUAAAGGUCUAUAGUUUCACAUGCUUUGUUCCCAGGUCCAUACUAGGCUGUUAAUUGGUGCUUGAAAAUGAUCAUUCUAAGAUUUUGAAGCUGGAGACGUAUUAUAAAAUAUUUUGUGUACAAGUGGCCAUUGUGAAAAAAAAUGUUUUGCUGCAUAUGUGCUUUAAAUUCAUUGUAUUUUUUAAUGUUCAUGUUUGGAUAUAAAUUGUUAGCAUGUUCCUGA